AAAUACCAACCUCAAAGUAAGAAAAAGACGGUUCUUUCCAUCGGAAGCUCUACCGAUUUCGGAAAAUGGCGAAGACUGUCCCCGAUAACCUGAGCCGCGACCAAUACGUUUACUUAGCCAAGCUAUCCGAACAAGCCGAGCGCUACGAGGAGAUGGUUCAGUUCAUGCAAAAGCUGGUCCUCGGCUCAACUCCAGCCGGCGAACUAACCGUCGAGGAAAGGAACCUUCUCUCUGUCGCCUACAAAAAUGUGAUCGGAUCCCUACGCGCCGCGUGGAGAAUCGUUUCUUCAAUCGAGCAGAAAGAAGAAGGUCGAAAGAACGAGGAACACGUUGUGCUCGUCAAGGAGUAUAGAUCGAAGAUUGAAUCUGAGUUGUCAGAUGUUUGCGCUAGUAUCUUGACUUUACUGGAAUCGAAUCUGAUCCCUUCUGCUACUGCCAGUGAGUUGAAGGUUUUCUAUUUGAAGAUGAAAGGAGAUUAUCAUCGCUAUUUGGCGGAGUUUAAGGCUGGUGAUGAGAGGAAAGCUACCGCUGAGGAUACCAUGUUGUCUUACAAGGCUGCUCAGGACAUUGCACUGGCGGAUCUAGCAUCAACGCAUCCGAUAAGAUUGGGGCUAGCUCUGAAUUUCUCGGUGUUCUACUAUGAGAUUCUAAAUCAGACUGAUAAGGCAUGUAGCAUGGCUAAACAGGCAUUCGAGGAAGCCAUCGCUGACCUUGAUACGCUGGGAGAAGAGUCGUACAAGGACAGCACUCUCAUUAUGCAACUGCUAAGGGAUAACCUUACUCUCUGGACUUCGGAUGUGCAGGACCAGUUAGAUGAGCCGUAGAAGGCGUGUUAAACUGGCAGUGAUCACUGAUCCGUCCUAUUCUUCAGCUGAAAGAGGUGGGCUUUGAACGUCAUUUGUUUACUCUGAUUAAAGUGUGUAAUUUCAAAAAAUGGGAAGUAACCCAUGGCAAUGAUGCUAUACUCCUUGCUGAACUCGCUUUUUGGAAUUUGUAAGUGAUUUUCAUUAGGGUAGCAUUUUUGUUUUUGUUUUU